AUGGCAAGUGGAAGUGCUAAUUCUCCACUAAAAGGUAGUAGUCUCAAUGAAUCAAGUGAUGGUGCCGGAUCUGGUGCUCAAAGCGAUGAGAAUCAACUCAACGAUCUUAAGUAUCCUCUUUGGAGGCAUGUUAGAAAACUUGAGCCUAAUGGUCCUUCAGUAAGAAAUGCCAAAUCAGAGUGCAACUUUUGCCACAAAAUAAUACCUGGUAGCUAUACUAGAGUGAGAGCACAUUUGUUGAAGAUAGCAGGCCAAGGUGUUGGUAUUUGCAGAAAAGUGAUAGUGCCUAUAUUUGAGCAACUUCGCAGGGAAGUAGCUGUAGCCGAUGCAGCCAUUAGUGCUAGUCAACCCAGGAGUGUUCCUUUGCUAAUGCAGACUCUGGGUGCAGGUUUACCCCCUUCAGGAGCUACGAGCACACAAUCAAAGAGAAGAAAGAAACAAAUUGGGAUAGAAGAAAGUUUUCACAAUGAACUUCACCAGAUGGCUGAUGCUCUUAUUGUAAGAAUGUUCUACACAUCAGGUCUUCCAUUCAAUUUGGCAAGAAACCCAAAUUAUCUGGCUGCUUUCACUUUUCUUGCAAACAACGAUUUGGGCGGGUAUGUACCUUCUGGGCACAACAAGUUGAUGAAGACUCUUCUCCAACUGGAGAAGGACAAUGUUGAGAGGUUGCUGGAACCAAUCAAGACUACAUGGCCGACAAAAGGGGUGACAAUUGCAUUUGAUGGGUGGAGCGAUGCUCAAAGAAGAUCCCUCAUCAACUUUAUAGCCAUAGCUGGGAGUGGCCUUAUGUUCUUAAGAGCUAUUAACACAUCAGGAGAUGUGAAGAACAAGGAGUACAUUGUUGAGAAAUUGAUUACUGUGAUAGAAGAAGUUGGAGCAAAAAAUGUGGUCCAAGUGAUCACAGAUAAUGCUUCAAAUUGCGAAGCUGCUGGGUUGAUAGUGGAACAAAGGUGCAACAACAUUUUCUGGACUCCAUGUGUAGUCCACACUCUGAAUUUGGCACUGAAGAACAUUUGUGCUGCAAAGAACAAUGAUGGUGAGAACGAUGAGCUCAUGUGGAUCAAAGAUGUCGCAGGGGAUGCCUUCAUGAUUAAGAAUUUUAUCAUGAAUCAUAGCAUGCGGCUAUCAAUGUUCAAUGAGUAUAGUAAGCUCAAGUUUCUUGCAAUUGCUGACACAAGAUUUGCACCACAGAUUGUCAUGUUGAAGAGGUUCCUUGUUCUCAGAGAUUCACUUGUGUUAAUGGUUGUUGGUGACAAGUGGUUAGCUUAUAGGGAUGAUGAUAAGGAGAAAGCAAGGUUUGUAAAAGAAAAGUUGCUUGAUGAUGUGUGGUGGGACCAAGUUAGAUACAUUGUUGAUUUCACCGAGCCCAUUUAUUCAAUGCUACGUGCCGCCGACAUUGACAAGCCAUCUCUCCAUUCAAUUUAUGAGAUGUGGGACACCAUGAUAGAGAAGGUGAAAGAUUGCAUUUAUCACCAUGAGGGAAAGAAGCAUGAUGAAGAAUCUGUUUUUUAUGAAAUUGUUCAUGGCAUUUUAGAAGCUCGAUGGGCCAAAAGCAACACCCCUCUUGAUUGUUUGGCACAUUCUCUGAAUCCAAGGUACUAUACUCCAAAUUGGCUUUCUGAAGCUGAAGGUCAUGUGGCGCCCCAUGAUGAUGUUGAAAUUUCUGACACGAGGAACAAAUGCUUUAGAAAGUUCCAGAACCAAGAGAUUGGCUAG